UUAAUACACCGCUAACCCCGCCUAUAUUUCGAGAGUUAUCUCCACUUACUUGCCAUCUCCUAUCCGACCUUUAAUCUACUUCCGGCAACAGAAAAUUUGAAAUUAAUUGGGACCCCGGGUACGUUGCUACCGUUCAAAACUAAACUGAGAUGUACAUAUUGUCAAGUGAUGUAUGCCUCUUCCGAAUUCAAGCACUGUGAACAUAUAGCCCUAUGUCGUGAUUGUUAUAUCAGAAUUAAGUGUGAAUCAUGCCCCACUUGUCAACAGCCAAUAAGUGGUGUGAGAGAAUUUGCAAGGCCAAUAUUUGAAGACAAAGAGGUCCAGACAGUGGAAGAGCCACGUGAGAGUCCAGUUCUGAAGGAGAGGGAUCUUCUGAGAGUGGCUAAGAGGUUAGGACGUGAUUGGUGGCAAGUGGCGAUCUUUUCAGGAGUUGAUACAACUGAACUGAAAAUUGAUGAUGAGUCUAUUGACACUGUAAAACAAGGCUACCUGAUGCUUCAUGAAUGGUUCAGAAAUUGCGACCCAGAAACACGGACACACGCAACAUUAAGUGCAGCUCUUGAAGAAGCUGAAUGUUUCACUGCGAUGGAAUGUCUGUCAUUAGACGCAAAGUGAAUUUCCAUGUAACUGUUGUUUAGCUUCAGAUUAACCUUGACCAAACAGAGUCUUUUGAUCAAACGCAUUCCAGCCAGGACCAUCAUGCCUAUUUCCAAAGAGAACCCACAACCACCUCGUCCAAUAUGCCCUUCUGUACAGUGAUAUCGUGUGAAUUUAGCUACUAAUUCUAGCAGGUAUAUCAAUCACAUUGUGAUCCCAUCACUGGUUUUGCUCCUUUGUUAAAAAUUCACUUUUAAAAUAAAGACAAACUUUGAAAUGUUCA